AUGAUGGAAGUGCUUGUCCUUCUUGAACUCGUCGUGCUUCUCGACACCGUGGUGUCCCUUUGUGUCGUGACCCUUGUGCCAAUGACCGUGCUCAUCGUGACCGUGACCGUGUUCCCCCUUCUCACCGUGUCCGUGGUGAUGAUGGUAGCCUUCGUCAUGGUGGUGAUGUUUCUUGUGUCCUCCGUGUUCACCGUGGUGGCCUUUGUGACCCUCGUGGUGAUGGUGGCCCUUCUUGCCGUGGUAGUCAUCGUGAUGGCCCUUGUGUCCUUUAUGUCCUUUGUCUCCGUGAUCAUGGUGGUGAUGUUCAUGGUGUUCAUGGCCGCCACCCUUGUCCCAGCCGUGGCCGGAAGCCGCCGCUUCGAGAUCGGCAGAUCUCUUCUCCCGCAUGUCUCUCGCUGA